CUGGAUGAGAUAACAAAGCGUCUUAAUCUCUGUACCGAGCUUAAGACGGAUGCCGAUUUGAACUGGGCAUUGAAGUGGACCCGCAACGCUUUCACACUUUUGGCCAUGAUGAACUACCCUUACAAGACCAAUUUUCUUUCUGAACUGCCACCUAAUCCAGUCAACGUCUCUUGUAAUCUUUCCAUCGAAUCAGGCCCCCUUGGAAUUAUGCUUUCUUAA